UUGACAGUCACACGAGGUUGUAAACUGCGAUCAAACUGUUGGAUCCGGACUCUUUAACACGUUUUCUCUGCCGCAGAAGUUUAUUUGCAAAGGAAAGGCUUCGUGCUGCUGUUCCCUCGGUGUGUUGAGUUAUUCCUGGAUGUCUCACCAAAGAAUGCCCCGUGACUGCACGCUGAUGUGCACGGGACACAGUGCAGCCAUCAGGUUUCUUCCAAUCAGCCAAGAAGACGCGCCCCUCCCACCCUGGAGACGUGACUUCCCCCUCAGACAUCUCAUUUAGCUAGUAUUCAAACCUGUGGAUAUUUGUUCCCGUUUGUGUCGGGCUUGGUUUUAACUAACGAAGGAUAUUCUCUAAGUGAGUGUUGAAAAGGAUGAAACUUCAGCCUUUAGUGCGCGGAGGAACGCCAUGUUCAGACAGACUUCCAUGAGCGAACACAGCUCAGCGCCGCGACGCCCAUGCAGAGCGCUCCAGACACACACUGCAGGGUCGUCUGGUGAGGAAGUUGAACCUGAGUCAUAGAGCACUGUGUUGUGGUGUCUGAGAAACUCUCUGAAUACUCAAGCUGGACUUCCUGGAUUGUAUUUCCCUAAAGCGAUGUAACCCCCCCUCGUGUUGUUGACACGCGGGGCUGAUUUCAGUCCACUGAUGGGGGCCUCUCACAGGCUCAGGUCCUCCAUAACACCUUCUCCUUCGUUUGUGGGAACAUUGUGGCUUCUGUCUGUGGUCAUGACCGCGCACGCUUGCCCUAAGAUCUGUCACUGCACAGACAGGAACGGUGUGGUGGUGCAGUGCACCUCACGCAACUUGGAGAACAUCCCGGCGAACUUGCCCAAGGACACCGUCGUCCUCUUGCUUUCAUCUAACCGGAUCAGAAACAUCCCAAAGGAGACCUUCACGGAUCUCCACCGCCUCAGGGAACUGGACUUAUCUCACAACGUCAUUGAGAGUGUGGAGGACGGAGCCUUUCAAGGAAUUUCCGAGAGCCUGCGGACUUUGGAUCUUUCAAACAACCACCUCAGCAGCCUGCCCAAAGACACCUUCGCCAAGCUCCACGCCCGUGUCCGAUUAUCCCACAACCCCUGGCACUGCGAGUGCUCUUUGCAGGAGGUGCUGAGGGAGCUGAGGCUCGACCCCGAGACAGUCAACGAGGUCAGCUGCUCCACGUCGGUGCAGGAGGAGUACGUGGGACAACCGGUGAUCCAAGUCCUGGACUCUGGGAUCAACUUUUGCAACUUCCACCACAAGACGACAGAUGUGGCCAUGUUUGUGGCCAUGUUCUGCUGGUUCUCCAUGGUGACGGCUUACAUCAUUUACUACAUCAAACACAACCAGGAGGACAGCAGGAGGCACAUGGAGUACCUCAAGUCCCUGCCCAGCACCUCCCGCAUUAGCAAGGACUACGACACAGCCAGCAGUGUGUUUUAGUGCGCCAGUAAUUCUGGAUACGGCAUAUAAGGAACAUUCAUGAGACGGAUACGUGUAGAAACAGAUCACAUUUAAAUGUAAGGUAUAUUUGUGAGAGCAUAAAGUUUUGUGAUGUAUUUUGGAGAAGUAGCGGAGAUAUCUCGAUGUAUUAAGUGUUAAAUUAGAUGUCAAGACCAGAGAAUGAGUCGUUAUUAUUGUAAAGAGUUUGUAUAUUUGUUCAUCCACACAGGAUCUAAGACAGUCGUGUGUAUUUGGUGGCACCUUACACUUCAUUUGAGGUGGAACUGCAACCAGGAAUUAAAUUUCACGCUUGUCAACUCAUUUAAUG